AUGAGCAAGCCGGCGGGAUCAACAAGUCGCAUUUUAGACAUCCCUUGCAAAGUGUGUGGGGACCGCAGCUCCGGGAAGCACUAUGGGGUUUACGCCUGUGAUGGGUGCUCGGGAUUUUUCAAGCGGAGCAUCAGGAGGAAUAGGACCUAUGUUUGCAAAUCAGGAAAUCAGGGAGGUUGCCCGGUGGACAAGACGCACAGGAACCAGUGCCGAGCCUGCCGGCUGAAGAAGUGCUUGGAGGUCAACAUGAACAAAGAUGCGGUGCAGCACGAGCGGGGCCCCCGGACGUCGACGAUACGGAAGCAGGUGGCCCUCUACUUCCGCGGGCACAAGGAGGAGAGCGGCGGAGCUCCGCACUUCCCCGCUGCCGCCCUGCCGGCACCCGCCUUCUUCACCGCCGUCUCCCAGCUGGAGCCCCAUGGCCUGGAGCUGGCCGCUGUCACUGGCACCCCGGAGAGACAGGCUCUGGUGGGCCUGGCACAGCCCACCCCAAAGUACCCACAUGAAGUCAACGGUACCCCUAUGUAUCUCUACGAAGUGGCCACUGAAUCCGUCUGUGAGUCAGCAGCCAGACUUCUGUUCAUGAGCAUCAAGUGGGCCAAAAGUGUCCCAGCCUUCUCCACCUUGUCCUUACAAGACCAGCUGAUGCUUUUGGAAGAUGCUUGGAGAGAACUGUUUGUUCUAGGAAUAGCACAAUGGGCCAUUCCAGUUGAUGCUAACACUCUACUGGCUGUAUCUGGCAUGAACGGUGACAAUACAGAUUCUCAGAAGCUGAAUAAAAUUAUUUCAGAAAUACAGGCUUUACAAGAGGUUGUGGCUAGAUUUAGACAACUUCGGCUAGAUGCUACUGAAUUUGCCUGUCUCAAAUGCAUUGUCACUUUUAAAGCUGUGCCCACACACAGUGGUUCUGAACUGAGGAGUUUCCGAAAUGCUGCUGCCAUAGCAGCCCUUCAAGACGAAGCCCAGCUCACCCUGAACAGCUACAUUCAUACCAGGUAUCCUACACAACCCUGCCGUUUUGGAAAACUGCUAUUGCUUUUACCAGCUUUACGUUCAAUUAGUCCAUCUACAAUAGAAGAAGUGUUUUUCAAAAAGACCAUUGGGAAUGUACCAAUUACAAGACUGCUUUCAGAUAUGUACAAAUCCAGUGACAUAUAAAUUACCUUAAAAUAAACAAUCAGGAUGGACAGUUUGAGAAGAACUUUUAUCUAUGGAGAAUAAGCCUCAACUAACAAAACCUACAGGAAGCAUAAGCCUGGGAAUGUUUAGUCCUUAAACUCAUUGACAAAAAAUACCCCAGUAGAUAUGAUUCUGCUGCUCUGAACAGAGUGAUUUAGAUCAUGGAGAGAAUGCUUUGUUCUACAGAAAAAGUGAAAGUGGUUGGAAUUUGGCUGCUAUUCCUGUUACUACAGGAUGGAGGCAAUUCAGAUGCCAGUCAUAGUUAACAAAGACUCUGCUAUUCUCUCAUUUAACUGGCAGAUCUGAGACAAAAUGUGAAAGAAGGUACUUUAGCUUGUUCAGUAUUUGGAACCGGGUGACCAAACUUGGCUUCUGUUGUAACACAAGAUGUGGUGGCCUUCAGAAUUGUUUUAAAAGUAGCCUAUGUUGGGAAAAUGUUUUUAAUAAGAUAGGCAACAUUUGAGACCAAGUUACCAAAACAUUGCUUCUGCUAUAAUACAUCAUGAAGUGGCCUUCAGAACUGAUUAAAAGGUAGCUUAUGACGGCAGCUCCAUUCUUCCUACAAAAUGAACUGGUGAUCUUUGAUGCGGAUGUCACCACAAUUUGUUCAGUUAACAUCUCAAAGACAGAAGAGCUUUAUACAUUUCCUCCCCGACCUUCCCUCCCUCCUCUUCCACACACACAGACAUACAUUCACACAUACCUGAAAAGAGACAACACAAGAAAGGAAGACUAAAACAGCAAAACCAAAUACAAUGGAGAUGACCGCUUCAGUGAUCUGCUGGCUGUCCCGUUGGCACAGUGCUGAAACCAAAGGCAACGGUGGCCAAACUCUUUGUCAAUGAGAUGUGCAGAGAAAUGAAAUGACUAUAAAAAAGUCAAUGGAAGGAAUUUUAUUUCAAAGAAAUAAAGGUUGUUGACUGAUACAAUGCUAACAAUUUCCAAAAGUCUCCAAUGCCUUUUUAGAAAACUCCAGGUUCUAAUUUUGAAGCCUUGUUCGCCUACACCCUCUCACACACAAAAAUGUUAUAAGCUGCUUAUUUGAUGUACGAAAAAUGUAGAAAAAAACAUUUAAAGAUAGCUGCUGUACUUUUCAAAAUCUGAUUUGUUAUUAGGAACUAGCACUGAGAAAGAUCAGCACUUGAACUAUCAUAGAAUGAGUAAAACUUUUCCUGUACAAAGUGGAUUAACCGAUUUGUGAAGUUAAAAAGUUGUACUCAUUGUAUUUACAAAGAAUAAAAAUAUAUUGAAUUUAAAUUAUUUUCCACUGAUCUUUUAACUGUUGUCCUUAAUCAGCUUCUUUCACUGUUCCCCACUUACCAGGGAAUAGAAAUAUUCUUUACUAAAAUGGAUUGUCCUAGGUCCCAUG